AUGCACGGGUCCUCGUGGUCCUCGAUCUCAUCGUUUCUUGCUCUCCCUCUGAUUCAGACCCUGGAGCUCGCCGGAAACGCAGCGCAGGACAACAAGAAGAACCGGAUCGUGCCGCGCCACAACCAGCUGGCCGCGCGCAACGACGAGGAGCUGAGCCGGCUGCUGGGUUCGGUCACCAUCGCCGCCGGCAAGGUGCUGCCCAGCAUCCACACCACGCUGCUCCCCAAGAAGGCCGGCAAGGGCAAGGGCGACAUCGGCUCUGCUUCCCAGGAGUUCUAGAUUAGAUCAGUUUUGUGAAUGUUUUGGUUUGGUGUGUCAUCGAUGUUGGUGGUGGAUCUGGUUG